AAACCUCGCAGUUUCCGGCUGAAACCUUUCAGCACAUCGCCGCUGAACGCAGCUCUGCUCCUGUGUGGCUGCACAGAGAGGAACCCCAGUGAGCAGGCAGGUCCAGGAAACACGCAGAACCUGGCAGCACCGCGAGAGUGCUGCUGAAUCCGGGUACCGACACCGACACCACCCGAACCGAACACACACUGGACUCGUGACGAGCUGGAGACCCCUUCCUGAGCGCGGGGUGUUUAUUUACACUGUUAGCUGGUGAUCUGGGGACCGUGGAAGCCACUGAAGCACACUAAACUCAGCACUGUGUUCAUGGAACCAGAUUGAGACGACUUUUGUGACAUGGGGUCUCUUUACACUGGAAGUGAUCAUUAUAAGGUGGUAAAUUGUGGCCGUAAAGUGACGUACCUGGUCAACAACAGUACUGAUGGCAUGAAUGAACAGGUUUAUGGGUGUUCCUAAUAAAGUGUCUGGCACUUUUGUCAUCUAGAUCAAGAUGAGUAGAUCCCAGGACUGAUCAGCAAACCAGAGGUUGGGAUUGGUUCACACUCUUCCAGCUGCCAUUCAGUAGAGUCCCCACACAAUUUCCCUGCUCCCUCCCUGCUGGAUUCAGCAUUUAGAUCUGUUUUAGAUAUCCUCAUUACCAGCUGUAGUCAUGCCCUGAUCUGCAACCAUUUCCCUCGUCUUUAUGGAAACAUUUCUGGUCCUGAUUUUUGUCAAUCAUCCGACUAAUCCUCGGGUCUGAACUCGGACUUGGAGCUCCAGUCCACACAACGUGUUGCCUGGUUUAUCUUUCCUCCUCCGCUGUCGGUCCACUCCGCUGGCCUUGGUGGUGGGAGCCAACGUCUCUGCUGGGCUACAGCAAUGCUCAGCUGUCUACUGCGAGGUAGGAGCAUGUCUCAGAGGCUCAGCAUUUUGCUCCUACUCUUUGGCCUGGCCUGGUGCCUGCUGCUGCUGCACUACACUGUGACGCAGCCACGGCACCAGAGCAGCGCCGAACUGCGCCAGCAGAUCCUGGAGCUGAGCCAGCGCUACGUCAAAGCUCUCAGCACAGAGAACCAACAUCUCGCAAGGUCAUAUAACCCGUCAAUGGCUGGAUACGCUGAUCUGAAAAGGACCAUUGCUGUGCUAUUGGACGAUAUUUUGAACCGUUUGGUGAAGCUGGAGAACAGGCUGGAUGCUACAGUGAACACGUCGGUGCACAGCCCUUCCCACGUGACGGGGACGGUCCUGCACAGAACCACUAAACAGAACGAAUCGGGCACAAACGCGAACAACAAUCAGAUCCAGCCACAGCCACAGCCACUGAUGUAAACUGGGAGCCAGAGGAUUAUGGGUGGCAUCACUGAUAGUGGUUGCACUGGGACUCAAAGACUGUGUGUGUGUAUAAAAUUGGAAUAUAUUAUUUGGCUUGAACAGACAAUGUGCCCGAAAUGAAAUAUGUAUACAGAUCCAAGUAGUAGCCAGAGUAUUUUUGUUUGUUUUGUUUUGAAGAAAGCUUGCCAAGAUGCUUCAGACUCGGUGUAUGCAUUGGGACUGCGACUAGCGCAAAACGUUCAGGCAUACAGUAGGACAAGUUAGACACUUGGCUUCUUUUUCUCAGGCUUUUGACAGGAAGCAGGUUAACAGUGAUGCCCAUUUCUGAUUUGCAAUACACCACCAUUAUACAAGGAACCUGAUAACCCUUCUGCUGGGGCAUAAACAUUCAUUUACAUGAAACUAAUAUAAUGGACCAGAAAUAAAUUUGAUGAUAUAUUUUUAAAUGGCUUUUGUUCUCAAAUGUAAAUAAGUUUCUUGACGUAGGAAAGACUUUGCUGCUUUGAAACUGCUAGCUUGCUUACACAGUCCCGUUAUAUAGAAGGUAGAAAUCUUCUACAGGGUGUGUCCUUCAGGGGUUGAAUAAAGUUAUGUUCUUCAAA